CAUUGGUUUCAGCGAAUCGCUUGCAAUUCGAAUGAGUGACAGAUGAAACGCCGAAUAGAAGUCUCGAUUCGUAACCAAUAAUAAGCCACCACAGACAAAGCUUUACCACGGAAUAUUGGUCAAAAUAUACUCAAGUCAUUUUUUUUUCGGAAGCAGACUUGAUGUUAGGGACGAAAGAGCGAUGAACUAGCGCACAACUACUUCUCAAUGAGCUGACAGGUUGUGUGACAUCGCCGGGGAAACUUUAAAAAAAAAAAAAAAACGUACUUCGUUUUACCCACUAAAAGAGUCCGUAACCGCUUAAGGAUAUUUUUUAUUUGUAUUUUUAUUUUUGGACGUUACCCUGAACAACAAAGUGAAGGCUUAGCUUAGUUGAGCCUAGCAUAGCCUAGCCUAGCCUCUCUACCUGACACAAGUCAGCUGUCAUUUAAAGAGACGACACCAGGAGCGGAAAAAACACGCGUGUUUUGUUGGCGUGGGCGCAUUUUUUUUUUGUACCUUUCCACAUUAUCUCUUCCAUAUAGGUCGAUAGUAUUUUUUUUGCCCUGUAAAAAAAGCCCAAAAGCCAAGCAGCCAGCAACACUUUGAGUGCGAGUACGCCGCCUGUGUCGGACUUGGGACGAGAAGCAGCUUGUGUACAAAAAAAACAACAACAAAAACAACCCACUCGUCGAAUCGUGUUGAUAAUAUCAGUGAUAUUAUUCAACAUGACGGCUGUUGGAAUGGUGCAGAUGUUGAUCGAAGCCGCCGAGUACCUUGACCGCAGAGAACGAGAAGCUGAACAUGGAUAUGCCUCCAUUCCUCCAUUUAUGAGCAGCCAAGAGAGAGAAAGCUUGAAAAGGAAGAACAAAAGCAAGAAAAACAUAAGUAGCAGGACUUAUGCAGAUCCCAAAUGCACAACAGCAGGUGCUCAUAGGUCUACACACAAUGAAAUGGAAAAGAACAGAAGGGCACAUCUACGACUUUGUUUAGAGCGACUGAAAUCCUUGGUUCCUUUGGGCCCGGAUGCCAACAGACACACCACGCUGAGCCUGCUGAUGAAGGCCAAAGUUCACAUCAAGAGGUUGGAGGAGAGCGACAGAAGAGCUCAGCACACCUUGGAACAGCUACAGAGAGAGCGGAGACAUCUGAGGAGGCGUCUAGAGCAGCUGGGAGUGGAGAGAACCCGCAUGGACAGCACAGGUUCCACCGUGUCCUCGGACAAAUCCGACUCUGAUCAAGAGGACCUGGAUGUGGACGUGGAGGGAACAGACUGCCUGCUGGGGGAUUUGGAGUGGAGCACCAGCAGUGUGAGUGACUCAGGGGACGAGCGGGGCAGCCUCCGCAGCAGCUGUAGUGACGAGGGCUACGCCAGCGCCAGCCUGCUACGUCUGCAGGACACUCAGGAGAGCGCCAAGCAGGCGGCCUGCAGCCUAUAAACUUUGCCUGCUCAGAAUGUGCCGCUGUCACACACCCACAUCACCACCUCACCUGCUAGGACUCAACACAUCUGAGGCUUCUCAUCCAGCAAAGCAACUGCAGAUUUCUUCACACCAUUUUUGAGAAGUCUUUGAGGCCUCCUGCCUACUAUCAGCAGACAGUCUGCAGGUGUUCAGUCCAACAUGACGGAUGCCUCCUUCUUUCCACUGGAGAAUGUUGCCACACAAUAUAUAUCCCACUGCCUCUUUUCUAGCUCUCAAGAGCCUUGGGAAGCACUUAUGACAUUUUACACACACACACUCCAUCAUAACAUUUUACACACACACACACACUCCAUCAUGAGAUUUUACACACACACACACACACACACACACUCCACCAUGAGAUUUUACACGCACUCACACACACUCCAUCAUGAGAUUUUACACACACACACGCACACACACACACACACACACACACACACACCCACACACACACACUCCACCAUGAGAUUUUACACGCACUCACACACACUCCAUCAUGAGAUUUUACACACACACACACACACACACACACACACACACACACACACACACACACACACACACACACACACACACACACACACACACACACACACACACUCCACCAUGAGAUUUUACACACACACACUCCACCAUGAGAUUUUACACACACACACACUCCACUAUGACAUUUUACACACACACACACUCCACCAUGAGAUUUUACACACACACACACACUCCACCAUGAGAUUUUACACACACUCACACACACUCCAUCAUGAGAUUUUACACACACACACACACACACACACACACACACACACACACACACACACACACACACACACACACACACACACACACACACACACACACACACACACACACACACACAAACUCCAUCAUGAGAUUUUACACACACACGCACACUCCACCAUGAGAUUUUACACACACACGCGCACACACACACACUUUACCAUGACAUUUUACACACGCACACACACACACUUCAUUAUGAGAUUUUAAACACGGAUACAUUCCACCAUGAGAUUUUACACACACACUCCACUAUGAGAUUUUACACACACACACACACACACACUCCACUAUGAGAUUUUACACACACACACACACACACACACACACACACUCCACUAUGAGAUUUUACACACACACACACACACACACACACACACACACACACACACACACACACACACACACACA